UCACAGUUGAUGCUGGGGACGGGACGGGUCGGUCUGCACGUAACUGGUUACGCGAAGGAACUAGGAGGAGCUGAAGACUAGUUCGGGACUCUGGCACCUCUCUGAAUCGAAACAAAGAAGCGGCGGCUGCUGCAGUUGCAACUGCGGACGCGAUCUCUCUCUCUCUCUCGCUCUCUCUGCCCCCCUCCCCUCCCCGGGUCGACAGCUCUGAAUCCCGGCCACUGGCUGUCCCACUCACACCUCUUCUCCCUCCUUGGCUGCGGGCUUGCGAGCGCUCCCGUACGAUGCUCGACUCCCUGGGGGAGACAUCAUUCUCUCGUUCACAGCCUGAGCCUGAGCCGGACUUCUCUUCCCCUUUGUUUGGGCCGAGGGCUGUGGGCGGGGGGAGGAAGAUGCCGAACUGAUGGGGCUUGUGGUGGUGGUGUCAGCAGGAGGGGCGGACAAACGGGCCGCUUUGUCGUCGGAAAGAGGUACGUACCCCGGGCAAGCUGGCCUGCCCUGUUGGUACCAUGAAAUGCCCCGGGCCAUUGGAUGGCCAGAAGCUGGCCUUCCUGCUUGACAUCGCCCUGGCCAAAGAGGCCCGACUGUGGAAAGUGCCCCUGUUCCGGACCUACAGUAAGCAGGAUCCAACUAUUAACCCGCUGCAGCGGGAGCACGUGGUGUUGUGGCUCGGGGACUUGUGCUCAAAGUUUGGUUAUUACCCAGAAACAUUCUUCUUUGCUGCUUGUAUUCUUGACCGCCUCUUAGCAUCAGUCAAGGCACAACCCAAAUACCUCCGCUGCAUCGCCAUUUCCAGCUUGUUCAUCGCAGCCAAGAUCAACGAGGAAGAUGAGGUGACUCUGCGAGUGAAGGACCUCGUGGUGAAGAGUGGCAGCGGUUGUACCAGCAGUGAGGUGGUGAGGAUGGAGAAGAUCAUUCUCGACAAACUGCAGUGGGAACUAUUCACGGCCACGGGGGCAGACUUCUUGAACAUAUUCCACGCCAUGGUGAUGUCCGGCCGGCCCCAUCUCCUUGACCGCUGGCCUCAGAUGAAGCCCUCUCUCCACGUGGCACUCUUGACCAGGCAGCUGCAACACUGCACCGCCUGCCACCAAUUGCUGCAGUUCAGCGGCUCCACGCUGGCCUUGGCCAUCAUCAGCUUGGAGGUGGAGAGACUGAGGACCCCCGACUGGUUUAGGCCGUCACUGCUGCCUGGCUGCUGGAGAUGGAAACACAGCUCGGAUUUAAUCUACUGUAAAAGCGUGGUGGAACAGCAAGCGUUGCCGCCGGCCCUGUCCUGGGACCCCAACGCCCUCUACAUCUUUGACCCCGCUGCCUCGGCCAUCGAGAGACAACCGCGAGGAAGGUCGUGUUAUUCUGCCCGACGCGACCCAAUGUCUGACCUGCUCGCCACCGCCAAGCCGCUGACCCGUCGGCGAGCCGGUGCCGGCAACCGCGCAGCCCCGGUCAAGGCCAAAGACACGGGCGUCACCGCCGCGCAUGUGACGCCUCGUCGCUCCGGAGAGGCUCUCGCCGCGGGGAACGGCGACGGCAAGGGUGUCGUUCCGUGCCGAGCUGGCCCGCAGUGGAUGGACAUCCCAUCACCCUGUCCCUCCCUACAGCCCGUAGAUGGCGUGUGGGGAGAGUAG